UGCUGAUUGCGCCCACUCCUUCUGGCUCCUGAGCAGGCCUGGCUGCCUCCUUCAUUGUACCUGGGAAUAGGUGUGUCUCAGGAGACAGGAGAUGCUGGGUGGAGGCCUGGCCUUGCUGCUUUUUGCAGGCAGACGAUUUCCCAGGCAGACCCGCAGGUUCCUCCACUGAGAAAUAGAUUAUGCUGGAGACCUUGUUCCCAGGAAGCAAAAUGCAAAGUGUAUUGCCAGAGACCAGGACCUGAAAGGGACUGAGGAGCUGGAAUGCGCUACCUUCCCUUCUUCUGAGCCCUCCUUCUGCAGGACCGAGCUCGACAGAACUUUUGUUGUUUUGCCUUUUGCUCUGGAAGGAAAGAAGCAGACAAUGAGGAUCUCGUAGGGCUGUGGCUGGCAGUGGCUGUGGCCUGGACUUUUCUCUGACGGAUCCAAGGUGACAAUGCAGGGGCAGAGUGAGAAAAUAAUGAAUGACAAAGGAAAAUUAAUGUUGUCAAUGCUGAUUGUCUCAACUGUGAUUGUUGUGUUUUGGGAAUAUAUCAACAGCCCAGAAGGCUCUUUCUUGUGGAUUUAUCACUCAAAGGACCCAAUUGGUGACGGCAGCACUCAGAAGGGCUGGUGGUUUCCAAGCUGGUUUAAAAAUAGGACCCACAAUUACCAGGGAAAUGAAGAGGAAGAUAUAGAAAAAGGAAAAGCGAAGGAACAAAGAAAGGAAGAUGAAGAGCUUCAACUGUGGGACUGGUUUAAUCCGAAGAAACGCCCAGAGGUUUUGACAGUGACAGAAUGGAAGGCACCGGUUGUAUGGGAAGGCACUUACAACAGAGCCGUCCUGGAAAAUUAUUAUGCCAAACAGAAAAUCACUGUGGGGCUGACGGUUUUUGCUGUUGGAAAAUACCUUGAGCGUUACUUGAAGGAGUUCAUAGUAUCUGCUGAUAAGUUCUUCAUGGUUGGCCAUAAAGUCAUAUUUUACAUCAUGAUAGAUGAUCUCUCCAGGAUGCCUUUGAUAGAGUUGGGUCGUCUGCGUUCCUUCAAAGUGUUUGAGAUCAAGCCUGAGAAGAGAUGGCAGGACAUCAGUAUGAUGCGCAUGAAGACUAUUGGGGAGCACAUCUUAACCCACAUCCAGCAUGAGGUUGAUUACCUCUUUUGCAUGGAUGUGGACCAGGUCUUCCAAGAUAAUUUUGGUGUAGAGACUCUGGGCCAGUUAGUGGCUCAGCUACAGGCCUGGUGGUACAAAGCAGAUCCUGAUGAAUUUACCUAUGAGAGGCGGAGUGAGUCAGCAGCAUAUAUUCCAUUUGGAGAGGGGGAUUUUUAUUACCAUGCAGCCAUUUUUGGAGGAACACCCAUUCAGGUUCUCAACCUCACCCAGGAGUGCUUUAAGGGAAUCCUCCAGGACAAGAAAAAUCACAUUGAAGCUGAGUGGCAUGAUGAAAGCCAUCUAAACAAGUAUUUCCUUCACAACAAACCUACUAAAAUCUUAUCCCCAGAAUUCUGCUGGGAUUAUCAUAUAGGUUUACCUCCAGAUAUUAAAGCUGUCAAGAUAUCUUGGCAGCAGAAAGAGUAUAAUUUGGUUAGGAAUAAUGUCUGAUUUCAAAUUGGGCCAAUAGGUUUCUGAAUUUGAGAGAGUAUUAUUCUGGCUAGUUCCUCAGAAAAAUAACACUUAAUGUUAACUUUAAAAAAAAUACUAACAAAACACCAACAUGGCAGACACAUACUAUUCCUCCUUGUACUUUGAGCCUUGUAAUAUGGAAGAAUUAAUCUAUGGUAAUCAGAUGUAAAUUCCCAGUAAUUCCUUCUCUUCUGGGUUUAGGGAAAAUAUUAUUAGCUAAAUCAAAAAGAAUUUGCCAUAGGCAAAGGAAAGCCAGAACAUUCUAUGUGUGUCAGAUAAUGUACUGAAGAAAAGUGUGCCAAGGGAAGUGUUUGGCAACAAGAUAAGUUGUGUGUGGAGGGGUGUCUGUCCCUUUGAUUCCAAUGUCUUCCUGGUUUUGGUGUGUCUAAAGCAGCUUAGAGUUUAUUUGUAGCCAAAGAACCCUAGUAAGAACACUGCCUACCUUGGCAAUCCUCAAAGGCCUCAAAGCUGAUUGCCUUGGGCCAUUUGUAAUCCAUAUUUUUUCUCAUCAGGAUGCUGUUUGGCUUCCAUGGAAAACAGUGGAGGAGAUUCCCAAUGGAUAUCACUGUGGUGCAUGUUCAGAGUCCCAGGGAAUCUGAUGAGGCAGUGGGCUCAGCUUUUACACGAAACAAAGCCUCAACAAUGAGUUUGCCAUGAAAUAGCAAAGAGAGGGGCUAACCACUGUGAGGCCAUGCCACUCUGGAGGGACACAGGGCAUGACCUUGGCAUUUAAAUUACUCUGAAGAUGCAGGCACCAAACAGGAGGCAUUCAGCCUCCUCAACCCCAAAGAGCUGAAUGGAAGGUGCUUCUUGUGUUUCUCAAGUCAUAUUUGGCCUACCAGACUUGUAUCUUCAGCACGCUGGUGAGGGGAAGUGGAUGGACUCAGCGAAGGGAAAGGCACACAAUGGACUGAAGAGGCCUGUGGGGACCAGGGCUCAUCAGAGGACGAUCUGCCAGUAUCUGGUCCAAGCACCUGUUCUAAAUCUCAGGGUUCCUCAGCCUAUCACAUCCUAACUUGGAGGGAUGACAUCAAGGAGUGGACUGGAGAAAAGUCCUCCUGUUGAGUGACCCCUCACUUUCCCCUGUUCCAUCUGCACUAUGGAAGUGUAACAACCAGAUGUAUUUUACAAAAUGGUUAACUGAUUUUAUAAUAAAAGCAUGAGGGGAUAGCUAUAGGAGGCCCAGUCAUCAUGACUAAAGAGCUGACCAUCAGUACCCUGCUCUAGGAGAAGUGGUGACAUCCUACACAUUGUACGUUAAAGCAAAUCAAUGUAAAAGAAGUUGGUAGGCCAUAUUUACAUAUGCACAUAUAUUUAUAUUUUGCUUUUGUUCCUGUUUGGAUCAUUCAUUUCCAUUUUUAAGCAAUUUAUUUGAAGAGCCAUUGCUUGGCUUGAUAAACAGCAAAAGGGACCUCUUUGAUGAAAUGAAACCUACAUUUUCUCUACUAUUUCACUGUGCCUUCAAUUGUUGCAAAAAAAAAAAUACAUUCCACAAAUACUAAAAAUUCUGAAUUAGUGGACUUUAAAAAAGAAAAUGGAGACCGCACAUUAGUUAAGAAUCUUGCUUCUCUUUUAUUCAAGAUAUGUUGGAACCAGUCUAGACUAGGGAGAGUUUAAUGGUUUAAAUCCUGAACCAAAGAAGUAAUCUAUCCUGAAAGUUUAGAGAAAAGGGGUAAAGGGAUUUUGAGGGAAUUUUUUUUAAAUUUAAAUUCACUUAAAUUUAAAUCCUCAAUGGACAAAUUCAAGAUCUAAUUAAUGAUAAUGCUUAAACACUUUUUAAUCAAAUUUCUGAUUUAUAAUUGAAUAAAUUAUUUUCUCAGUA